AUGGCGGCCGGCGCGACGCCGUUGAUCCCAGCCCCCCUCGAGGGCCUGCCCUUCCUGAAGGCAUCCCACCUUAAGCUGGGGGAUGAGCGCUGGGCGCGGGGAGCCGGCCAUCACUCAUAUUCUCACAGCCAGUUCCCCCCUUUCUGGGGGGUUUACAGGUCGGUGCCAGCCCCUCGACCCCCCAGCGGGAACGUGCUGAAACCGAGGGGGGAUGUCGGCGGAGAAGCCUUCUCAGAAACUCGUCUGGCGUUUCCAGAGAAGCCCCUCCAGCCGGUGGCCCCGGUUGUUCCCCUGAAAUCCUGUGUCCGCAUGCACACCGACCCCCAAAUCCGCGUCCUCACCUCAGAGAUGAAGGAGAGGUUCUCCUAUCCCCACCCCUCCCUUCAGCAGCCCCCUCCGGCCGCAGACAAGAGAUGGAAGGAUCAUGUUCCUUGUGGAGACAAAAAGAAAAUAAGGCCCCCUCCAUCCACCUACACCUCCUCGUACCCAGCACAUAAGAUCCAGCCCUCUGCCAGGCCAGGGCACAAGG